UACGUUACAGAGUCAAACCGCACAACACAACUUGACGCGUUUCUCUCGUCCCACGUCUUCUUCUUCCUCGCAACUCCUCACUCUGUAGUCUCUGUUUCUCAUUUGCCAUAUAUAUAUUCACAACACACACUGACUCUUAUCCCCAAAUCAUCAACUCAAACCUUUUGUAAAUCCAAUUCUUCAAUGGCUAUCAUCAAAUCGAACAAAGAUCACAAACCAUGCGGUGGUGGCGGCGGCGUUUUUACCACCGUCGUGACUCGCGAAGUCUGGGCGGAGAAUCUCGAAUCUGAAUUUAAACUAAUCAGCGAAACUAUCGACGAUUAUCCAUUCAUCUCCAUGGACACUGAGUUCCCCGGCGUGAUUUUCAAAUCUGAUCUCCGAUUUACAAACCCCGGCGAUCUCUACAGUCUACUUAAAGCUAACGUCGACGCGCUCAGCUUAAUCCAAGUCGGUCUCACUCUCUCCGACGCCGACGGUAACCUCCCGGAUCUAUUCGGUGACGGACGGCGGUUCAUUUGGGAGUUUAAUUUCCGAGACUUCGACGUGGCGCGUGACGCACACGCUCCGGAUUCCGUCGAGUUGCUCCGUCGGCAAGGUAUCGAUUUCGAGCGGAACCGCCGCGACGGGGUUUGUUCGGAGAGGUUCGCGGAGCUGAUGAUGUCGUCGGGGCUUGUUUGUAACGAGGACGUGAGCUGGGUGACGUUUCAUAGCGCGUACGAUUACGGUUACCUUAUGAAGAUUCUCACGCGCCGUGAUCUGCCCGGCGCGUUGGGGGAGUUUAAGCGCGUGAUGAGAGUUUUGUUCGGUGAGCGCGUGUAUGAUGUGAAANUUUAUAGUGUUUAUUAA